AUGGAAAUCACGGUGGGGCGUUCAUUGAUGCAUUACCUGAUGACAUCAAGGGACAGCAUUGAUCUUGAUCAACGGAGAGCAGCUGUUGUUAUAAAUGUGUAUGAUGGUUUCUCAUCUAUGGUUUUCGUUAUCGUUUCUCUAGUCUCACAAACAUACACGGGUUGUUUCAAUAUGAUUAUAUUCUCCGCAGCAGCUUCUAUUCAGACGGAGGCAGAAUAG